CUGUGCAGAUACAAACACAAAAGCACAGCUAUACCACUUAUCAAUUUAAUUUUUUCUCAUCUAUAUGGUUAUAUAAACCCUUGAAGCCCAUGGUUAAGAAGCCCCACUCUUAAUUAUAACUAAACACUAUAUCCAACCAAACCUUGUAGCCCUUCUCCCAAGUUUAAGAGAACUAGUAUGUGCUCUUUCUGUUCAACAAAAUCACCACAUGUUCCUCUUGUUUUUACCCUUCACCGUCUAAAGCCAUCCAAGAAACAGAACCAGAACCGGCACGUUCGGCUGGGCCUUCUCAACAGAAGGAGAGCACUACUGCAAGAAGCAAGACAAAGGAAUAGGAUGAUGGUUGUGGUGAAGGAAGAGAUUGAGAUGAAAAACUUGAAAUUGUAUGUAGAGAACAAAAGCAUCAUAGAGGAGAAUGACAAGUUGAGGAAGCAAGCAGUGCUUCUUCACAAAGAAAAUCAGGCCCUCUUAACUCAGCUUCAAAAGAAGCUUUCUGCACAACAUAACAAAGCUUUUAGCUGAUACAGUUUAUUUGAUAAGGCCUAAGUGUAGGAAAAAUUGAAGUUGUCAUUCAUCCUUUUCACGCGGAGCUCUGAAUCUUAUAUCUCCUUUUUCUCUAGUUUGAGGCUAAAUUAAUUUCUUGCAUUAAAUUUAAGAGUCCAAAUGUAAACCAUUACAAGAAAUAUGUUACGAAGCAGUUGUAAACCAUCAGUUUAUUUAUGUGCAGAUCUAUUAUGGAACUAAGUUGAACCA